GCCAUUGGACUGCUCUCCGUUGUCAGGACUGGAGGAGGCCGGGAAGAAUUUGUGUGUUGGUGGCCGCCUUGGAAGUCCGACACACAAUCACUGCCUUGGAAAUAAGUCUUCCGCCAGAGGGAUUCCUGUGCUUUUUAAACAACACACCCAGUACACGACUCCGUUUAGAGGAUAUAGGUAAUGAGUGGAGACAUUAACUUACCACAGACUGUAACGCGAACGUUACUUCUUUAUACUAAACUACCGCAGUGCUAGCAAUCCGUGAGCGUAAUUUUAGAGUAUGAAGGGCUCUGGUAGGUAGACUCACGGCUUAGCAACACGUUUUAGAAAUUGGCCCACAAGUGUUUUUUCCUUAUCGGUCCGAGGAGAAGAGUCAGUUUCAGAGGCGAUGUUUAGAAGCGUUAGCACAUGCUAGCAUAUGGAAAGGCUUUAUUUUGGGUAACGGUAGCUAGGCUAGCUCGCUAGCUGCCUCCGUGGGAACAACAACAGUAGCAGCGUUAGAGCUGUUGGAGCCGAGCUCGGCUUUCAGCGCUGACUGUCGGGGUGACACACAGCCAGCUGGCGCUCGACAUGGUGGAAACCUAAUAAUAGACAGUGCCUGGAGAAAGAAACCGGUGUUUCUGACUUGUGGACGAUAUUUUAUUCCAUUGCUUGGCACUGAAAACCUAUUGAGAGGAGAGGAGAAGUCGACACCUGUUCACUCUCUCAGACCGUGCCAUGUACCUCCUGGCAAACAGCUGUUGCCCACGUAGAGGUCUCUCAGCCUCCUGAUCGUGUCCUCUUCGGCCCCAGAGGAUGCUGGGAAUUUGUCGUGGGCGCAGGAAGUUCCUGGCUGCGUCCCUCGCCCUGCUCUUCAUCCCAGCACUCACUUGGCUCUACCUGUCUGCUGCCAACUUUACAGUGAAGCCGCUGCCUCUCUCUCCGCUAGAUCCUCAGUCCUCUACUCUGGUAGGUGGACCUGGUGAACGGCAGGCUCUGGAGCUGCGGGUUCGAGAGGUGGAGGAAGAGAACCGUGCACUGAGAAGAGAGCUGAGCCAGCCGCCCAGAAACCCUACCCGCACUAACCACCAUGGCAAUGGCAAUCAAUCACAUCCACACUCCACGGAGGAAGGUACUGGCGAUAGCGAAGCACAGAAAGUGUUCUCCACAGGCAACAGCUCCAGCUGUGUCCAACAGCCUGUUGUGGACAAAUGUGAGACCAUUCAUGUUGCCAUUGUGUGUGCGGGAUACAAUGCAAGUCGAGACGUGGUGACGCUGGUCAAGUCUGUGCUGUUCCAUAGGCGAAACCCUCUCCACUUCCACUUCAUCACUGACUCGAUCGCCCAGCAGAUCUUGGCCUCCCUCUUCCACACAUGGAUGGUGCCUGCUGUCCGGGUGAACUUCUAUGAUGCCGAUGAACUAAAGUCUGAGGUGUCAUGGAUCCCCAACAAGCAUUACUCUGGUAUCUACGGCCUGAUGAAGCUGGUUUUGACGAAGACGCUGCCUUCUGACCUGCAGAAAGUCAUCGUUCUGGAUACUGACAUCACUUUCGCCACGGACAUCGCUGAGCUAUGGGCUGUUUUUCAUAAGUUCAAAGGUCAGCAGGUGCUGGGGCUGGUGGAGAAUCAGAGUGAUUGGUAUUUGGGGAAUCUGUGGAAGAACCAUCGGCCUUGGCCUGCUCUAGGCAGAGGAUUCAACACAGGUGUGAUUCUCCUGCUGUUGGAUCGUUUGAGGAAGCUCAGAUGGGAGCAGAUGUGGAGAUUGACAGCAGAGAGGGAGCUGAUGAGCAUGCUGUCAACAUCACUAGCAGAUCAGGAUAUCUUCAAUGCUGUUAUCAAACAGAACCCCUUCCUGGUUCACCAGCUGCCCUGCUUCUGGAACGUCCAGCUGUCUGAUCACACCCGCUCCGAGAAGUGCUACAAAGAUGUGUCCGACCUCAAGGUGAUCCACUGGAACUCUCCUAAGAAGCUGCGGGUGAAGAACAAGCAUGUGGAGUUUUUUAGGAACCUUUAUCUGACCUUCCUGGAGUAUGAUGGAAACCUGUUGAGGAGGGAACUCUUUGGCUGCCCGAGUGAGACUGACCACAACAGUGAAAAUCUCCAGAAGACUCUACUGGAGCUUGAUGAAGACGACCCGUGUUAUGAGUUCCGACGGGAGCGUUUCACCGUUCACCGCACACAUCUAUACUUCCUGCAUUACGAGUACCAGCCCAGCGCCGACCAGACUGACGUCACCCUAGUGGCCCAGCUCUCUAUGGACAGGCUGCAGAUGCUGGAGGCCAUCUGUAAACACUGGGAGGGUCCCAUCAGUCUGGCUCUUUAUCUGUCUGAUGCUGAGGCCCAGCAGUUCUUGCGCUACGCUCAGGGCUCUGAGGUGCUCAUGAGCAGGAGCAACGUGGGAUACCACAUCGUCUAUAAGGAGGGCCAGUUCUACCCGGUUAACCUGCUGCGCAACGUCGCCAUGAGGCAGGUCAACACCCCCUACAUGUUCCUGUCUGACAUCGACUUCUUACCCAUGUAUGGACUCUACGAGUACCUCAGAAAGUCGGUGGUGCAGCUGGACAUGGCAAAUACUAAGAAGGCUCUGGUGGUGCCUGCAUUUGAGACACUGCGUUACCGGCUGUCCUACCCCAAAUCCAAGGCUGAGCUUCUGUCUCAGCUUGACAUGGGGACGCUAUUCACCUUCAGGUAUCAUGUAUGGACAAAAGGCCACGCUCCGACUAACUUUGCGAAAUGGCGAACAGCCACAACGCCAUACAGAGUGCAGUGGGAGGCAGACUUUGAGCCGUAUGUGAUGGUGAGGAGGGACUGUCCUGAGUAUGACCGCAGAUUUGUGGGAUUCGGCUGGAACAAAGUAGCCCACAUUAUGGAGCUGGAUGCACAGGAAUAUGAGUUUGUGGUUCUGCCGAACGCCUACAUGAUCCACAUGCCUCAUGCGCCCAGCUUCGACAUCACCAAGUUCCGAUCCAAUAAGCAGUACCGCGUUUGCCUCAAGACUCUGAAAGAGGAGUUUCAGCAGAACAUGUCCCGACGCUAUGGUUUUGCUGCCCUCAAAUACAUGACUGCAGACAACAACAGCUAGCGAAGCCGGCUCGUGUUUUACACUUUUGAGCUGGUACCAUUAGAGAUCAAAGUUAGGUGGCAAUGUAGGCCCAUAAUGGACCUAAUACUCUGAUAAUGGACACUUGAGAUAAUAAGAAGUCAGAGGGUUGUGCUUAUCCAUUCUGUCAUUCAGGGAGCUGACAUGACCAUUGUGACACUUUGUCACUGCUUUGGAAAUAGAAGAAGUGCAAUAUCUCACGUCUUCAGUUGGACACCAUAGGGGUUAAAUGGUUAACACUGGAUGAGUUCAGUCAAGCCCCUCUAUGAAACGCAAUUGGGACAUCAUUAACAACUGGGUAGGCAGUGUUUUGCCAUGGUAACCUGCAUAUAGCUACAUAGGAAAGCAGCUCUGCAGGGACUUAAUCAAAUGAGGACUCAAGAGGACUCGGACGCCCAGAAACAGAAGGUGGUGUAUUUGUGUCCAGUCAGUGGCCACCUUUUUUGCAGUAUUAGCUGUCAGUGGAAGGUGGACACAAGGAGAUCUCUGAUCAGGCAUUUAACUGGUAAAACUAGGAAAAGCUGUAACUAGUAUCUUAUUGCUAAAAGUGACUGGUAAAGCAUUAAUGACAUUUUCUUUAGAUCUUCUAUAGAGGACAAUGCAUUGUUACCCACAAGAACUGUUUAACAAAUAGUUUUAGAUUUCAAAGCAAUGGACUUGUGCAGAAAAAAACUUUCUCUCUCAGAGGCACUGUGGCUCAAGAAUAAGACCUUGGUGCAUAGUAACUGCUCUACGUUUGGAGGAAGUCAGGCUAUCUGUAUUGACAAUCCAGAUGCGAGAUGGCAAACACACAGGAAAAACCCAAAAUGACCGAGUCACUCCAACACCGUCCUUUUCUUUUAAUGCAAAAACUCGAGUAUUACACAGCAGUAUUAUGUUUUGUCCUAGGACUAAUUGUCCUAAAAUUUCAAAUGGAUUAUUUUUGUUGUCAUUAUCAUGUAUCAGUAAUGUGUUUACAUGUCUUGCAGCUGCAUAAGCAAGCUAACAGAAAUGCACUAACUCCAUAGUGGAGUCAGAAUGAGAAGAUAUAUGUGUGUGUGUGUGUGUGUAUGGUUGGUGGGUUGUGACACUAAGAAUACACAGGGCAGCAUUGGAAAUGUAAGACAGCUGUUACUGCCAGUAUAUGAGGUACAUACAAUUGUGCACCACUUGGCAGGGAAAGUUUGCACUUCUUUCUGUCUAUCCCUAUGGUUAAGCUCAUGCACCAUGAGGUGAUGAAAAACUUACGGAGACGUCCUGUCCCAGCCAUUCAUGUUAAAAUCCAAAUCCAAUAGGCCUGACCAUAAAAUAUCAAAACUAGGAUUACUUUAUUAAGGAGGAAAAAACCCUAAGCCCCUCUCUUUCUGAGAAAAUGUGGAAAUAGUUUGAUUGUGCAUUAACAUUGGCAGAAAUGUGGUACCCAUCAGUACCUGCUGAAUGUUGCUAUGAGUAAGUGGCCUGGAGUUUGUUUAGAACUUCAAAUCAAAAUAGCUGGGACACGCUCUUGUAACAGGGAUGAGCAAGACUGCUGACAAGUUUAAAAAGUAUGUGUAUUUCAGUUUUGUAUUGUGCAGACAGGGUUGAUGUGUGUAUGUGUGCGUGUUUUGAACAGCUUUGGAUAUGAGACAGUGACUAGACCUAAGUGUGCAGGACAGCACUGACAGUUUUUUUUUCUGCUACAUCAAUAAAAAAACUGGAAAAAA